AUGAGGACCCGCGAGCCCGGGCCCGGCCCUGGCGGUGGUCACUUGACCAUCAGCAACGUGCUCCUGCAGUAUGCGGACAUCGUUUCCAAGGACUUCGCCUCCUACUGCUCCAAGGAGAAGGAGAAAGUGCCCUGCAUCCUCAUGAACAACACGCAGCAGCUGCGAGUUCAGUUGGAGAAGAUGUUCGAGGCCAUGGGUGGGAAGGAGCUGGACGCGGAAGCCAGUGACAUCUUGAAGGAGCUUCAGGUGAAACUCAAUAACGUCCUGGACGAGCUCAGCCGGGUGUUUGCUACCAGCUUCCAGCCACACAUCGAAGAGUGCGUCAAGCAGAUGGGUGACAUCCUCAGCCAAGUGAAGGGCACGGGCAAUGUGCCAGCCAGCGCCUGCAGCAGCGUGGCCCAGGAUGCUGACAAUGUGCUGCAGCCCAUCAUGGACCUGCUGGACAGCAAGUGA